GUAGUUGACAUGUUUCGUUCACUACUUAUAAAACUAGCUGCAUUUUUUUAACAGCAUAGAUAAUCAGCUGUUCUUUUUGCAAAUUAUACUUCUAUUGCCAGGAUGAAUACAUUUCUUUUAAAAUUUGAAUAAUCUCUGAAUAUUUACUGGCAGUGCAGUCUGUGUUUGAAUAAGAAACAUUUUGUACAGGAUAUGGUACUUGUCUGGCUCACUGGUGCUGACAUUUAAUGCUCACUUCCUAAUCAGGUUCCUGACACGGCAAAAAGAAAUGCGUGGUAGUCUUCAUCUUCCUGUUUUAAUCUUUUUCAUGGUGUUACAUUCUGGUCAUUGUCAGGAAUGCAGGAACGCCAAAGCAAGCAACUGCAAUGAGUGCAUUCAGGCAGGACCUUUGUGUGCUUGGUGUAAGGACCCGAAUUUUAUAAAACGCAGUGAACCAGACCACAUGAGGUGUGACACUGUAUACCAACUGGAGAACAAGGGCUGCAAAUCGAACGACACAGUAUAUCCAAAGAGCUGGCAAGAAGUGAAACAGAAUCUAACCCUAAGCAGUACAAAAGAUCAAGUGGUACAACUAACUCCUCAAAGGAUCAAACUAAAUCUCCGCCCAGGUCAGCCAGAAAAUAUUACAGUUACAUUCAGACAUGCUCAGGGAUUCCCUAUCGAUUUGUACUACCUUAUGGACUUGUCAUUUUCCAUGCAUGAUGAUUUGGACAACCUUAAAGGUUUGGGACAGAAAAUACUAGAAGCUUUAAAGGACAUUACUGAUGCUGCACAAAUAGGGUUUGGUACUUUCGUGGACAAGACAGUUUUGCCAUUUGUCAACACUAAUCCUGAGAUACUGAAGAAUCCCUGUCCUGGAAAAAAUAUCCCAUGCCAAGAACCAUUUGGAUACAAGCAUGUGCUAAGUUUGACCAGUAACAGUAGCCUAUUCAAGGCAAAAGUCAGCAGUCAGAAAAUAUCUGGGAACCUGGAUGCUCCUGAAGGAGGGCUAGAUGCCUUAAUGCAGGCUACAGUUUGUGAGCAUAUAAUUGGCUGGCGUAAUGUGACUCGACUACUACUCUUUGCAACUGAUGAUGGAUUUCAUAUUGCCGGAGAUGGAAAACUAGGUUCCAUCCUGACACCCAAUGAUGGAAAGUGUCAUAUGCAGAACAACUAUUACACCAACAGCAAUGUGAUGGACUAUCCGUCUGUUGGACAUCUGGCCCUGAAACUGUCUGAACACAACAUCCAGCCAAUCUUUGCUGUCACUGCCAACAUGCUGAAGACUUAUCAGAGUUUGAGUGAAAUCAUUCCCAAGUCGGUUGUUGGUGAACUGUCUCUGGAUUCCAGCAACAUUGUCAGUCUGAUUAAGAGUGCAUACAAUAAUCUUUCUUCAAAAGUCAUUCUGGAGCACAAAAACCUCCCCGAUGGCAUAAAAGUUACUUACCGUUCCAAAUGUGGCACUGAGUUCAGCAAAUUAGCAGCCAGAGGUGAAUGUGAUAACGUAAAGAUUAAUGAUACGAUUUCCUUUACAGUAACAGUUGAAGCCACUAAAUGCAUCAGUCCUCAGGCAUUCACUAUCCAUCCUUUGGGUUUCUCAGAGGCACUGACAGUGGAAGUCGAAACAAUGUGCAACUGUGACUGUGGUGACCAUAACCUUAAUAUCUGCAAUAAUGGGACUUUCAGCUGUGGAAUCUGUAGCUGCAAAGAAGGAUUUACUGGAAAAAACUGCACAUGCAAUCUGGGAGAGAAGACCACAGAGGAGUUGAAAGCAUCAUGUAGGAAGGACAACAGCUCAUCUGUUUGUUCUGGGCUUGGAGAAUGUGAAUGUGGAGUCUGCAACUGUUUCAGCAGUAACAUUCCUGGUCAACGGAUAUAUGGGAAGUUCUGUGAAUGUGAUAAUACAAAAUGUGAAAUGUAUAAUGAAAAACUCUGCAAUGGGCACGGCGAGUGUGACUGUGGAAAUUGUCGCUGCGAAGCAGGCUAUGAGGGAAAGGCCUGUGAAUGCAAGGCCUCCUACGAUGGAUGCAUGACUGCUAGAGGCACAAAGUGUAGUGGGCGUGGAUACUGUGAAUGCAAUACCUGUAAAUGCAUCGCUAACUAUGAGACACACCUCUGUGAAUCCUGCCCCAGCUGCCCUUCACCAUGCCGUACCUAUGCGCACUGCAUUGAAUGUUACUACUUAAACUCAACGGGCAACUGUGAAAAUCAGUGUGAAAAUAUAACUAGAAUCACCAUGGCGGACCAUCUGAAUGGUGCUGUACGUUGUAAGGAAAAAGAUUCUCAGGACUGUUUUAUGCAUUUUGAGAUGGUGAUGAAAGAUGGCAUAGAACAGUAUGAUGUGAUACUCCAAAAAGACAGAGAAUGUCCAAAGAGACUGAGUGAACUUCAGAUUGCUCUGAUGACUGCUGGGUCAGUGUUGCUCCUCGGUCUGUUUCUCCUGUUGUUUGGGAAGUGCCUGACUGAACUGAAUGAUCGAGCAAAGUACCGUCGUUUUGAGAAGGAAAUGAAGGAAAAUUCCAAAUGGAUUGGACCAGAAAACCAACUGUUCUUAAAAGCAACAACUACAGUAGCAAACCCAAUGUACGAUGGAGAUUAAGACAGCCCAGUCAGCAGAUAAGGAUAUAGUAUAAACAAUCAAGAGCAAUCAGGCUCCAGUGUGUUACUGAGAGAACUGAACAUUACUAAAGAAACGCCUCUGUUCUUUUAUAUGGCUACUACUGGUUCAUUCCUGGUGUGCAGCACGACAACGAGAAGACUAGUCCAAUACGCAACUACGCUGACCAUGACAAUAUACAGUGCAAAACUUUGCAAUAUUGCUUAUCAUCUGCUGUUGAUUGUUUCCAAGUGCAGUAAUGACAUGUUCAUGCCAAGCGUUUCAUACUCAUUGCAAAUAAAUGUCAGUGUUUUACUGUACAUUUUAAAGUAAUGUAUAUAGAUGUGCCUGUACUUUUGUCAUUAUGAUGCAAGCUGGCAAAAGCACAAUUCAGUGAAAAAAUAUUUCUCAGAGAAAAGGAAUCUGCCAAGUGUUGCAACCGGGCUCCCAGGUUUCAGUUUGAGUGACUGAACUAACAUUUAUCAAAUUUGAUCAGGAUUAAAGAUUACAAGCAAAGCUUUUUUUUUUUUUUUUUUUUGCUGUAUUUGAGCUCUCAUCACAUGAAAUGAGCUUGCUGAUUCCAAAAUAUGUUGUUUAAGAUGUGGCAAGAAUUCUGUAUUAAGCAAAUACAGCUUCCUAGGUAACAUAUAUGCAGCUUUUACCUCUACUGGUUUUACUUUAAAUGAGUUAUGUUUUGGCAAUGUAUAAUUUUGUCUCUAUUAUCUGAUGGUGUUGACAUACCUGUGAUGUGCUAACUGUAGUUUCAUCUUGUUCAAGGCCUGGCUCAUACCUGAAAAGUAUCCCCGACUAGUGCAUCUUCUUGGUUUAACAAAAAGAAAUAAAUACAUGCAUGCAAACAUACAUAUAUAUAUAAAUGUGUGUGCAAUUGCACUGUGUGCAUGUUCACAUGCAUGUGUGUGUGUUUGUGUAGUAAUCAUCAGCAUUUGGUGACAAACUGCAAGUGAUAUUAUAUCCCCCCACAUAUCCCCACACCCACUACUAAUUUAUUCCAAAGCUGAGGUGUUAUUUCAUUUCAGUACACUGUCUUUUUUAGGUUAUUUUGACCUUCUGUUGUUCAGUGAGUUGUUUCUUUUGCUCAUUUGUGUUUGUUCUGAGAAAUUAAAGGAGAACCAAAUACAAUCCACUGAAGUCAAAUGUAAUUGUUCCUGAUGUUCUUCCUAGCCUCAGUCUUCAUGCCAUAUAUUCAGCCUUUUGGAACUUAUGCAUUCCCCAAAAAUUAACUUAAAAAUGGACAUUUUAAUUGCUGAACCUGGCAUAGGUAGGUGGUCAUGCCUAUUGUGAAGGAGGAGGGGAGUGGAAAUGUCACAUCCAAUGCCACAAUCCCUCUGAAGAGGGAGUGACCAUGCAAAGGACAUAAUGAAAUAAAAUCUGGCUCAAAGAUAAAUCUCGGUGCAGUUAUGAAAAUCCAAACAAUCCAAGCAAAUUAUACCAGAAGCCACACUAAUUACAGGGAAACUUUUAUUCAAAAAUAACCUACCCUACAGUACCUGAUGUUCUCAGAUGGUUUCCAAUCCCGAUGUUAACCAGACCUGACCCUGCUUAUCUUUGAGUGCAAAGGUUUCUGUUAUUCUGUUUUUAUUAUUGCUAUGAAUUUUCUGCUGUAGUCGAUUAUUGGAAGUGCAUAUUUUUUGGCAGUUCCUGUUAUGUACAAUCAAUAUUUUGCAUUUGAUCAUUGGGUAGUAGCUUUUAUUUUUAUUCAACUACUCUUGAUAUAAAAGUGAAAACUAUUCUACAGAAAUUAUACUGGCACAGAAAUUACUAAGUCUGUUGUUAUAACUUUUUAUACAAGAUGCAAGUCAAAGAUCGCUUUGCAUUCUUAUUAAAAAUAAGAAAACAGGACUCAAGCCGAUACUGAUUGUUUAAACCACAGUUUAAGUUAAAACAAGAAAGGAUUGCUUUUGCUGUUAUCAACGCUUCAUCCCCAGGUGAGACUUGUCUCAGAUGUCUCAAUACAUUUUUAUAUGGGCACAAUAUGCCCCCUUCAGCCUUAAAUUUCUGGAAAUGUUUUUAUGUGGAUACAGAGUAAAUAUUAAUUUAGAUAUGAUGAAGUCUUUAAGUAUGAAACCGCUCAUCAUUUAUUCAGUAAAAUCUUUGUUUUAUGAUGGAUCUGCACAUCUGCUUCUUACUAAUUAGUAAAAAGUAGAAUAGAAAUAUACAUAUUAAUAAGGAAUAUAUAAUGAGCAUCACAUGUAAUCCAAGAAAAGUGUAGCUGUUGACCUAAUCCCUAUAAUUUUCAUUUGUUUGCCCUGUAGCUACUCUUAUAGGUGAGAGAUAGUAGGGAACCAUAACCGUAUCCUACCUAACUGACAAUCUUUCUUUCAUACAAGUAGGAAAACAGGGCGGGUUUCAAUCCCUUCAGAUCUUUUUCUGUGGGACUGCAUUUCUAUGAAUGUGGAAAAUGUUUUCAGAAAGAAAAAAAUUUUCCAAAAAAUAAAAAAAGAAGUUAUGUACUCACCAUAACGUUCCAUGUGAGUUGUUCAUCUUCCCUUCAUUCUUACUGAUGGGUUCGGAGCUGAUCCUCUGCUCCUACUCGGCUAAAUGCAAAGGCUUGAGGUCUUCAACCAGCUCGAGACCUACUCCCCAUCCCAUGAUGCACUGGUGCUUCCCUCAGAUCUUGUUUGCUGACAACAAUGGUGUAAGCCAUCUCCCAAUAUAGCAAGUAUAGAAUACACUAGAUAAAGGUCAAUUACAGCCAUACCUCACCUCAGGUUCUCGAUCCUCAAGAAGCCUGAAAGGGGGUUGGAGAGUGGGACGUAAGAAUGAAGGCAAGAUGAACAUCUCACAUGGAACGUUAUGGUGAGUAC